AUGGCUUACAGGUUGGUGGAGCAUGACUUACAGAUGGGUGGAGCAUGGCUUACAGGUUGGUGGAGCAUGACUUACAGAUGGGUGGAGCAUGACUUACAGAUGGGUGGAGCAUGGCUUACAGAUGGGUGGAGCAUGGCUUACAGAUGGGUGGAGCAUGACUUACAGAUGGGUGGAGCAUGGCUUACAGUAGGACAGGAAGGUCAACUUCCCAACACAGCAGGACAGGAAGGUCAACUUCCCAACACAGCAGGACAGGAAGGACAACUCCCCAACACAGCAGGACAGGAAGGACAACUCCCCAACACAGCAGGACAGGAAGGACAACUCCCCAACACAGCAGGACAGGAAGAACAACUCCCCAACACAGCAGGACAGGAAGGUCAACUUCCCAACACAGCAGGACAGGAAGAACAACUCCCCAACACAGCAGGACAGGAAGAACAACUCCCCAACACAGCAGGACAGGAAGAACAACUUGCCAACACAGUAACACAGGAAGGACAACUCCCCAACACAGCAGGACAGGAAGGACAACUCCCCAACACAGCAGGACAGGAAGGACAACUCCCCAACACAGCAGGACAGGAAGGACAACUCCCCAACACAGCAGGACAGGAAGAACAACUUCCCAACACAGCAGGACAGGAAGGUCAACUCCCCAACACAGUAGGACAGGAAGGUCAACUUCCCAACACAGCAGGACAGGAAGAACAACUCCCCAACACAGCAGGACAGGAAGGACAACUUCCCAACACAGCAGGACAGGAAGAACAACUCCCCAACACAGCAGGACAGGAAAGACAACUUGCCAACACAGCAGGACAGGAAGAACAACUCCCCAACACAGCAGGAUACGAGACAAUGGAGAGAGAGGCGGAGAAACAUGUAAUAUUCUCGACCAGACCAUAA